AUGAACUCCCUGUCUGACCUGCUGCUUUGCACUGCUCGAGGACCACCUGCUCCUAGCUUGGCGGGACCACCGCCUCCGGCAACAUCUACUGUCGUGGCGAGAGGGGGAGGGGCUUCAAUGUCGUACCCGGUGAGGCGACUAAGUACGGAGCAGCUAGAAGCCGCAAGAGGCGAUCCCAGGGUAGCGCUAGUGGCGCGUAGAGCUCAGAAAGCUGCAGGAAGGGAAGGAGCGCCUGUGCUCCAGGGGGAACCGAUUGAGGCCUGCAGUAAGGUGCUCGACACUGCGUCUGCAAGCAACAACUACAAUGCUAAGGAAAUGGCUAGGGUCAUGGAGGAGAAUGCUAGUUUGAGGCGGAGAGUGAGCACGCUGGAGAGAAAGUUGGCGGACCUACAAGCUGAGCUCGAGGUUAAGGAUCGUCUAUUAGAAACAGCAAAGAUCAGCACAAAUGAUGGAGAUCAGACGGAGCGAAACACACCGAAUCCAGCAAAAUUAUCCAACAGCUCCAAGCAGUGUAGGACAGCAGGGCAUCGCCAACUUGUUGUAUUCUCCUUAGAACCCAUUGAGAAGGUUCUCGUGAAGAACGGAAGCCAAGUUGUCUCCUGUGGUCGGAGUUAG